AUGGCCGACUGCGACUCCGAGUUCUUCUUCAAACACUUCAUGGACAGCGACGGCGAGGACUCCGACGGCGACACCGAGUUGCUGGUGAGUGCUGCUCUCUGGUACCGUCAGCAUAAUAAGAUCCGGCGUCCAAUUCGUCGGGGGUCGAUUAGGGGUCGUGCUUACGCGCUGGCCCGCAACAGACAAGCCGGCCAUCUUUUUCUUUUCAAUGAUUACUUUCAUCGCACAAAUCCUGUGUUUUCUGCCCAACUGUUCCGACGCCAAUACCGGAUGGGGCGGCCGCUGUUCAAGCAUAUCAUGCAAGGCGUGGCCGGAUACAAUGAUUACUUCAUUUGCAAGCCGGAUGCCUGCGGUAGGAUUGGAUUUUCCAGUUAUCAGAAAUGCACGGCGGCAAUUCGGAUGCUGUCAUAUGGGGUUGCCGGUGACAGUCUCAAUGAGUAUUUGCGCAUGUGCGAGUCCACCUGCCUUGAAUCAAUGUAUAGAUUCUGCACCGCGGUGGUUCAAAUUUUUGGCUCUCAAUACCUGAGAGCACCGACGGCCGCGGACACAGCCCACUUGUUGUCUGUCAAUGAGUCCCGGGGGUUCCCGAGGAUGCUUGGAAGCAUCGAUUGUAUGCAUUGGGAGUGGAAGAACUGUCCAUUCGGCUGGCAGGGUGCAUACAAAGGUCAUGCCGGUGGGUGCACCGUGAUUCUAGAGGCGGUUGCAUCUCAGGAUCCUUGGAUUUGGCACUCUUUCUUCGGGACGGCGGGCUCUCACAAUGACAUCAACGUGCUUCAAUGCUCCCUGGUGUUUUCUAAGCUUGCCGAAGGCCAAGCUCCGGUGGUCAACUAUGAGAUCAAUGGCCUCCAGUACAACAAGGAGUACUACCUGGCCGACGGACAUUUAUCCUGA